AUGCACGGGUUAACUGACCAUGUCUUCCGCAUCCUCUCCCAGCAUUGGAUAGCAGUGUCUCUCACGGCCCUCGUGCUGUGGCUAGUCAAGAACAGAUAUCAUAAUGGGCUUCACAAAUAUCCAGGUCCGCUUUGGGCCUCCCUCACGGACUGGUGGCGCUUCUUGGAUGUCUAUGGUCGAAGGCCUGAAGUCACUCAUCGCUUACUUCACAAAAAGUAUGGCAGUGUCGUUCGCCUUGGUCCGAAUACUCUCUCCUUCUCUGACCCUCGGGCACUCAAGUCGAUAUAUGGCUUGAACAAAGGAUUCAUCAAGUCCGAAUUCUACGUUGUCCAGCAGGCCGUUGCUAAAGGCCACCGCUUGCAGUCCUUAUUCAGUUCCACAGACAACAAUUUUCAUUCCCGAUUCCGCCGCUGUGUGAACUCUGCAUUUGCCAUGUCAGCGUUGGUUCAAUAUGAGCCCUUUGUCGACAAUACGACAAAGCUCUUCCUAAAACAGACACAAGACAUUUAUGUCAACAACCCUGAAGGCUGUGACUUUACUCAGUGGUUGCAGUUCUACGCCUUUGAUGUGAUUGGAGAAAUCACGUACAGCAAGAGACAUGGUUUUGUGGAAAAUAACAAAGAUAUUGAUGGUAUCGUGGCGUACCUGUCAUGGCUAUUCCUCUACGUCGCGCCGAUUGGACAAAUCCCUUUCCUUGACCGUCUCUUGCUGAAGAACCCUAUCUACCUCCAACUCUCCCAAUGGGGCUUCAUUGAUGCCACCUUCCCCGUCGCCCGAUUUGCUGGCAACCGCAUGGCUGAAAGACUCCCAGAACUAGCGAAGGGGAGAUCGGCAUCCGACCUGGGGGUGAAAUCGCCAGAUCUCCUGUCUAAGUUUCUGGCAGCACAUGAGGCACAUCCCGAGUUUAUGAGCGAGACUUUGGUCCAGACUAUGGCCGUAAGCAUGGCUUUUGCUGGCUCGGAGACCACGGCCAUUAGUCUAUCAGCAGUCUUUUACUUUUUGCUCAAACAUCCGCCCGCUUUGGAGCGUCUUCAGGCUGAGCUUGAUGAAGCUGCCCGUGCGGGAUUAUUUGGAGACUCUGAGACCGGCCUCGUUACUUGGCACGAGAGCCAGAGGCUUCCUUACCUGGAUGCCUGUAUUAAAGAGGCGUUCAGAUUGCAUCCUGCUGCAGGACUCCCGCUGGAACGAGUGGUACCUGAGCAUGGAGCAGAAAUUGCCGGCCAUUUUGUGCCUGGGGGCACCGUUGUCGGCUGCUCGGCGUGGCUGAUUCAUAUGGACAAGAGCAUAUUUGGCGACGAUGCAGAGAUCUAUCGUCCUGAGCGUUGGCUUCCGGACGAGGUACUCAGCAUGACUGAGAGCGGUAAAGACGCCGAAGAUCGUCGUAUCAAGGAGAUGAACGGGACCAUGUUCCAGUUUGGAAUGGGCAGUCGGACUUGCAUUGGGAAGAACAUCAGUUUGCUCGAGAUCUACAAACUCGUACCCAGCAUGUUGCGAAGAUUCGAAAUUCAAUUCCAAGAUCCAUCCCAAGAAUGGGAGCUGGUCAAUGCGUGGUUCGUCAAGCAGAAGAAUUUCACCACCACGUUCAAACUUAGGGAUAUCGUCAAACCAGGAGAAAUUCAUCAUUCCACCUCUUGA